UGCGCAUGCUCACUGCCCGCUGUCUGCAGUCAGCUGCCUGCUACCCGCUGUCCGGACCAGCGCAGCGUCUGUCUCGUCUCUCCGGCCAGCAUCUCAGCCUGGGCAUCCCGCGCCCACUAUGACGACGCACUCCUUUGCCCUCCCAAUCAUCAUCUUCACCACAUUCUGGGGUCUCAUCGGCCUCGCCGGACCCUGGUUCGUGCCGAAGGGACCCAACCGCGGAGUGAUCAUCACCAUGCUGAUGGCCACCGCUGUGUGUUGUUACCUCUUCUGGCUCAUCGCCAUCCUGGCUCAGCUGAACCCCCUGUUUGGGCCCCAGCUGAAGAACGAGACCAUCUGGUAUGUGCGCUUCCUGUGGGAGUGAUGGACCACCUUCCUGGCCCCAGGUGCCCCAGCUCUCUGGAUGACCCUGACUGGAUGUCCCUGGAGACAAUUCAACCCUAUCCUCCCCGACAACUGUCCUGGUCCCUCUGCACUCCCUCCUGCCAGCACCUUGGGCCCAUACCUCCCAGGCCCCCCAGGUCUAGGAUGCCGCAUCUUCCCAGCCUGUUGGGGCCUGGGGAGGCUGAGCAGGGGCAUCCUGCCCUGAAACUCCCACUGCCCUGGGGUUUUCUCCCCUCCCAAGUGGAUCCCAGCUGAGAAGCUGGUACUAGUGGGAUCUGUCCCUUACAAGUGGGGCUAAAGCCAGGACUCCAUCCAGGCAGAGGAUGGUGGCAUCCCUGAGAGGGAGGGGCAUCCAGACCUGGAGACUGGAGCCUGGGGUGGAGUCGGGCUGGGUUAUCAGCUGUGUCCCUGCCUGCUGGGAAGUGGAGGUCCCUGUUGGGUUAGGCCAAGGCCUUUACCAGCUCUGGUGGGAAAUUUGGAAUCAUUCUUUAAUUUUCUGACACAUCAAGAUGUGAAAUUUUUGGAAUUAUACUUUGGGUCAAAUUUGACACCCAUAUGGUCAGGAUCCUUUGUGGCUGUGAAGUCACUUGAUGGCUUUCUCAGGAGGCUCUGUCUCCUCAGAAUGUUCUACUCUGCCUUCCUGCCCUACUGGGGCCUCCCCAGGCUCACUGCAGCGUCCAGGUGACCUAGAGUUGGAACAAAGAGAGACAAGUGAAGGCCUGACUGGGGACCCCAAAACCAAACAGCAAAGGUCAUGACCACAAGCAUGAAUGGGCGGCUAUACCAGAAAGAACAGGGACACAUGUCCUUAGCCCUGUGUCUAAGAGCUGACAAUGACUUUGAGGUUGUGUAGAAAACAAGGAUUGGGGGUUUGCAUAGCUGGAGGCUUUGCAGAGCUACCAAAGCUGGUGACCUUGAUAGGAGGUUGCUGUUGCUUGCGAGGCAUCUUGGACUGAGCACGAGAUGUUUAUCAAUCAGACCUGUUGUUCCUGGAAUCCAGGGUCACUCUGAGCAGAGGAGACUGGAGAAAAAUGGAGUCAGAGACUCCAAGUCUUUAAUCCUGUUUUUAGCUAUCCCUGGGAAGUUUGCAGGCAAAAGUGAAGAAUCUGUCCUUGUUACAGCAGUGUGGGUACUGGGCCUCCCCUGACUCUUGCCAGCCUCUGCCCGCCAAGUGCUCCGGGCUCUGUACUGGGGACAGUGAGAGACAGACAUGCAGAUAAUAUGGGUCAGACCAGGAGGGACCUGGGGACCCUCCAGCCAGUGCCCUCGCUCCUCAGGAGAGAGCAUGGGGACAUCACACUCUGCCCGAACUUCCAGAGCUAGUCAGGACAAAGCUCACUCACCUUGCCUGGGCUUUUUGUUUUGUUUUAUUUUUUGUCGUUUUUGUUUUUCGUACGGAGAUUAAACCCCAGGAGCACUUAACCACUGAGCCACAUCACCGACCCUAUUUAUCAUUUUGAGACAGGUUCUCACUAAAUUGCUUAGGGCCUUGCUAAGUUGCUGAGGUUGACCUCAGCCUCCUGAGCCACAGGUAUACACCACCAUACCUGGCCAGCCUCACUUAUUUAUUGACUAUUUAUUUGGUGUUUCUUCUUUUGUAGUGGCAGGAGAAUAUGAGUCCCUGGUGCUGGGUUUGCCAAUCAUUCAAGUUGGGGCCUCCCAUGUACAACCCCUCAAAAUCCCUUCCUCCCCUAACCCCUACAGCCUCCCUGUGAAACGGAGCAUGGUAAGCAUGACUUGUAUUGAAAACCUGAUUCUUGUCUAAUAAAGAAUUGUGAUGUAA